AUGACAAUAUACAGCAUUGCGGUUCCAUACAUGGGCUCUGCAUCAAGGAUCAUCAUGAUGGUUUACAGCGCUGUAACAGGACCAUUUGUUGGAUUAGUUAUAAUGGCCCUGAUUUUCCCCAUUGCCAACAGUAAAGGAGCAGGAAUUGCCACACUGCUUGCUAUCAUUCUUCAGAUGUGGCUUAUGGGGGAGAAACUCCGCCUUGGCGUAAAACCGACUCGAAUGCCUGUCACCGUUGACUACUGCCCAGUGAACACGACAAGUCUACAAACAACCGUGGAUGACACUUUUCCACAUGAGUACAAUACGCCUUUUUAUCCGUUUCUUGUUGUCUAA